AUGGCAGACGACACUCAGGUCAACGAACCCAAAGAAGAGACUCAACAACCAGAGAGCGAUAGUGAGGAAAUUGUUCCAAGUCGAUCGUCAGGAUCAAAAGAGCUCGUUCAACAAAAGUCAACGCCUCCAGCUUCAAAAACAGCACUCAUCAUGCAGCAGGAAAAAAACGAGGCAGAAAGGCCACUUCCAAGGAACUGCUGUGCCUACUGUCAGGACAAGCAUUUCAUCGCAUCGUGCCAGAGGUUCAUUGAGCUCACCCCAGCUAAGAGAAACGAUAUCGUUAUCACCAAGGGACUGUGCUUCAACUGCUUAGGGCCACACACGAAGGCCAAGUGCACGUCGGACAAGAAGUGCCACAAAUGCAGCAGGUAUCACCACACUCUCAUCCAUGGAGGGAGCUUAUGGAUGAUGAGCCCGCCUCCAGCCCAACGCACUCCAGCUGAGCCCAUUCAGACUGCCGGAACGUCCAGGCAGCAAGAGGAUCACGGGAACAAAUCCAGUACAUCACCACCAGUAGCAGUGAACUUCAACAACAAAAUGAUCAAUGAGAAAGCAGAGAACAUCAACCACGAAAAUCACCAAGGAGAAGCAGAUCAACAGUCAGUGCUGUUGGCAACAGCACGAGUAAAAGUAAUAUCACCGAGAGGAUUCACGACAAAAGCCAGAGCACUCAUCGACCAGGGUUCAGAGGUAUCGUUUAUCUCCGAACAAUUAGUUAAUCAACUGCAUUUACAGAGAAGAGCAUCAACAGUGGAGCUAGUGGGAAUUGCGAGGAUCGGCUCACUUCAGAAUCUUCAGCUAGCCGAUCCCCAUUAUCUAAGGCCUGGACCAAUCGACAUCAUACUAGGGGCUGACAACUAUGGGCGGAUCAUCAUGGAUGAAGUUGUCAAGUCAGAGCAAUCGAGAGUAGUUGGCCAACGCACAGUAUUCGGUUGGAUACUAUCUGGACCAAUCAAAUGCACAAAUUGUUCAAUAAAGGUAUCUCUAUCAGCUGUACGAGAAUCUUCAAAUGAACAACUUCUAGAGCUUCUGCAGAAAUGUUGGGUCCAGGAAGAACUGCCAAACGAGAGAUCAUCAACAUCAGAGCUUUCACCAGAUGAGUACGAGUGCGAGAUGCACUUUAGAGCAACUCAUAGCAGAGACAACACUGGGCAAUACAUCGUGAGACUGCCCCUCAAAACUUCAGCAGUAGCGCUCGGAGAAUCGAAAUUUAAAGCAGUACGUCAACUCAAAUCGAUCGUGAGUCGAAUCAACACAGAUCAAGCAUACUCCCAGUUGUACAGAGAGUUCAUCAACGAGUACGCAGCACUGGGGAACAUGAGACUAGCACCAGAGACUCCAGAACCCGUGCCAGUCUACUAUCUUCCACAUCACGGGGUACUGAGAGAGGAGGCCAUCACAACGAAGCUGAUAGUCGUAUUCAAUGGCUCCAGCCCCAGCUCAACAGGUAUGUCACUUAACGAUAUACUGUAUUCUGGUGAAAAAUUGCAGAACGAUGCCAUGGUUAUCCUGACGUGGAUGAGGAGGCACAGACUCGUGUUUGGCACGGAUAUUGUCAAGAUGUUCCGCCAGAUACGAGUUCACCAAGAUGACUGGGAUCUUCAGAGAAUCCUGUGGAUCGACGAGAAUCAACAACCAGUCACCUACCAGUUAACGACAGUCGCCUAUGGACUUAAUUGUUCUCCAUGGUUGCAUUACGAGUUCUUCAACAACUAG